AUGAACGGAAGGGUGGAUUAUUUAGUCACAGAGGAAGAGAUCAACCUGAUGAGAGGACCCUCGGGGCUGGACUUCAACAUCGUUGGUGGGACAGAUCAACAGUAUGUCUCCAACGACAGUGGCAUCUACAUCAGCCUCAUCAAAGAGGAUGGGGCUGCGGCCCAGGAUGGGCAGCUUCAGGAGGGUGAUAAGAUCCUCUCCGUAAAUGGUCAAGACCUGAAGAACCUGCUGCACCAAGAUGCUGUAGACCUCUUUGGUAAUGUAGGAUGUGCUGUGUUCCUUUGGGCCUUCGUGAGAUACCGAAAGCAGCUUUGA